AUGACUUCAAAAAGCUACCACACCUCCGCUGAAGAGGAUGACAGCUGGACGGAGAGAAACGCUAUUGUGAAAGAGGAGAAGGAAGAGGAGGCUGUCACAGUUAAACAAGAAGUAGAGGAUGAGGCUGUUACAGAAGACGUUUUUGGAAUGACGGAGGAGGGGGAUCACUGUCACAUUGGAGGAGGAAGAAGGCAGAAUGGAGAUCUGAUUAACACCAGAGAGAGACCAGACUCAGAGGAACCAGAGACGUCUGAACCAGCAAGACGACACCACUGCUCCCAGUGUGGAAAAAGUUUUACCCAAUUACGGACACUGAAGGUGCAUGGAAGAAUACACACUGGAGAGAGGCCCUACCAAUGUUCCCAAUGUGGAAAGAGUUUUGCCCUGUUAGAGAGCCUGAAAAUACAUAAUAGAAUACACACAGGAGAGAAGCCUUACCAAUGCUCCAAGUGUGGAAAGAGAUUUUCACAGUUAAGUUGCCUGAAAUCACAUGAGAUAAUACACACAGGAGAUAAGCCUCACAAAUGCCCUCAAUGUGGUAAUACUUUUAAGCGGUUAAGUAACCUGAAGGACCAUAAAAGAGUACACACAGGAGAAAAGCCUUACCACUGUAUCCAUUGUGAAGAGCGUUUUAGCUGGUCAAGGCAACUGAAAGCGCAUGAGAGAACACACACCGGAGAGAAGCCCUACCAAUGUUCCCAGUGUGGAAAGAGUUUUACCCAGCUAGGGAGCCUGAAAAUACAUAAUAGAAUACACACAGGAGAAAAGCCUUACCAAUGCUCCCAGUGUGGAAAGAGAUGUAAACGGUUAAGUUGCCUGAAAUCACAUGAGAUAAUACACACCGGAGAUAAGCCUCACAAAUGCCCUCUAUGUGGUAAUACUUUUAAGCGGCUAAGUAACCUGAAGGAACAUGAAAGAGUGCACACAGGGGAAAAGCCUUACCACUGUUUCCAAUGUGAAAAGAGUUUCAGCACGUUAAGGCAACAAAAAGAGCAUGAGAGAACACACACCGGAGAGAAGCCCUACCAAUGCUCCCAGUGUGGAAGGCGUUUUAACCGCUUAAGUAACCUGAAAUCACAUGAGUGGACACACAGGAGAGAUGCCACAUCACUGAUCUGUGUGGAAAUAGUUUAACCUCAUCAGGCAUCCUGAAGAGUCAUGAGCAAAGCCUUUCCGCUGCUCCCAGUGUGGAAUGACAUUUACCUGGUUAAGGCAACUGAAAUCACAUGAAAGAAUCCACACGAGAGAGAAAUGUUAUGAAUGCUCUCAAGUGUAGAAAGAUAUUUACCCAGUUUAGGCACCUGAAAGACCGAGGUUACCCUCUCAGCGGAGAAGCCUUGCCUAUGCUCCCAGUGUGGGGAGCGAUAUUUCACACACAAUUACAAUUCAUGACAUAACAGACACAUUGCUCCCACACUUGUUCUCAUCUUUUACUGAAAAUUGGUGUUUUUUCAUUUUGUUUAUGCUCUUAUUUCCAUAUGAAAUCAAAUUGGAGAAACACAUGUAUUUUGAGUAGGUUUUUUUUUUUUUUAAUCCCAAAACAUGAAUUGAAUAUGGAGUGUGUCAGUUUUUAUGUAGAUUAUGUACACACACGCUGUGAUUAAAGUCUUUUUUUUUUACUCUG